CCACCACUCCUCAGCAGUAAGUUUAUUCAAUUCUUCCUUUAACUGGCUCUUCUUAAAAUAUCCCCUUCUCGAUCCAAUCAUAUAUCCGCAACUACCGCUUCCCCUCAUUCUUCCCAACUCCUUCACCUUCUCCUUCAAGCGUCAAGCCUCAAGUGGUCAUCCCUCUGAUUGGCCUCUGACCUCUCAUCGACUCUCUGCUGCCCAUCGAUGAUUUGUUUCAAUCUCUCACGACAUUCCCGGUCCGAGAAUCUUGCUGAUCGCGUGCUCUUAGCCAACUUUCUCCCCUCAUCGUGGUCCCCAUCGUAUCGGUCAUCGGAUACCCACGCGAGGGACCAACUAGAGACGUUAAUCGCCAGACACGGCAGCCCCACCCGCGUUUCGCUGUCUUCCUUGGAAGACUUGACGGCAACCUCCUCCACAUUUAACCCCCCACCGUCGCACCGUUCGGAUUCUCCUCUGGCCGAAGCGACUGACUCCUUGGACUCCCUCACCCUCGCCAGUCCUGUCUCCCGACCGAUUCCUAUUCCUAAACCAUCCCACGCCCACCAAGACGAUCUCCCCGUCACUCCGCUGACCGGGCGUUUUGACAAAGGGUACUACUUUGCCCACCGUCGUCCGUCCUCCGACCGGAACGGCGAUUCCCACCCUCGCCGACGCAGCGAUCAAUCUAGUCACCGCGUCCGCCGUGGUCACACGUCCAGAAUGCGUGCCGACAACUCGUCCUUCUACUCUCCGAUUGUGUCACCCACCAUGACCCCCUCCGGGCGCUCCUCUUCUCCCCAGCCGGCUCAUCCCCGAGGUUCAUCGACCUCCAAGUCCGUCCCCUCCUUCCCGCUGGACAGUCUCCCCCGGUUCCACCCUACGGCCUACCCGCCCUCAAGCGGCUCGCAGGGUCUAUCCACGCCGCUUUCCUCGGCGAGUCAGACUCGUCACUAUACCUACCGGACCCCCUCGGCCGGAUCUCGAGAUCCCGUGCGCCAGUACCGAGAGAUGAUGGAGGGCAUCUCGUCCUAUCGGCCGCCCUCCCGGCCGCUCUCCCCCAGUCCGUCGGCGCCGCGCCUGGACCCCCUCUGCAGCCCGGGGCCCGUGACCCCACUGGUCCUGGAGGACGCUGGAGGCUACUUUCCCUCCGGUGUUGCCAGCGCUGAUCCGGGCAACCAGUCAGCCGGGUCGGAUGUUCUCGAGCGGCGUCGCGCCCAUGAGACCGAGCGGACUCGCCAGAAGGCGCGCAAGACCCCCAAGGGCCGGUGAUUGCCUUUGUCAUUUCCGUCUUGUUCUCCUUAUCCCAAGCCGCGUCGUCUUCGACUUCCACGGUCUCUAAAAUAUGUCGAUGUAUUAUGAUUGCUUCCAUUUC